GAAAAUAAAUAAAAUUUAAUAAGAGUCAUAAAUUUCGUUAAUCCGCAAAUCAAAACUCAUUCGGGGAAAGCGAGUAACUGCGCAGCCACAGAUGAGUCGCCUCCAUCUUCUUCUUCUUCUUCUUCUUCAGCAGAUCUGAUUGCUUUCGUGUUGAACACUCCGCCGCUCUUCUGAUCGCGAUUUAGGUCGUCGGAGAUUUCGAUUUAGGUUGAUUCUUGAUUACAACAUGUCAGACGCUCUUUCGGCGAUUCCCGCCGCCGUUCAUCGCAACCUCUCCGAUAAACUCUACGAGAAGCGCAAAAAUGCCGCGAUUGAGAUUGAGAAUACUGUGAAGCUUUUAAUUGCUGCGGGUGACCAUGACAAGAUCUCCAAAGUCAUUGAUGUGUUGAUUAAGGAGUUUGCUAAAUCUCCUCAAGCUAAUCAUCGAAAGGGUGGACUCAUUGGCUUAGCUGCUGUAACUGUUGGUUUGGCCACAGAAGCUGCUCAAUACCUUGAGCAAAUAGUCCCACCUGUGAUUGACUCCUUUACCGAUCAAGAUAGCCGAGUUCGGUACUAUGCAUGUGAAGCUCUCUAUAACAUUGCAAAGGUUGUGAGAGGGGAGUUCAUUUUGUUCUUCAAUAAGAUUUUUGAUGCUUUAUGCAAACUCUCGGCUGAUUCUGAUGCCAAUGUCCAAAGUGCUGCUCAUCUUUUGGAUCGCCUCGUUAAGGAUAUUGUGACAGAGAGUGAUCAAUUCAGUAUUGAGGAAUUCAUACCCCUGUUAAAAGAACGCAUGAACGUUUUAAACCCUUAUGUUCGACAAUUUCUGGUAGGAUGGAUCACUGUUCUUGACAGUGUUCCAGACAUUGAUAUGCUCGGGUUUCUGCCAGAUUUUCUUGAUGGGUUAUUCAAUAUGUUGAGCGACUCUAGUCAUGAAAUACGACAGCAAGCUGAUUCAGCUCUGUCAGAGUUUCUUCAAGAGAUUAAAAAUUCACCAUCUGUAGAUUAUGGUCGCAUGGCUGAAAUACUGGUGCAGAGGGCGUCUUCUUCUGAUGAAUUCACUCGGUUAACGGCUAUCACAUGGAUAAACGAGUUUGUAAAACUUGGAGGUGACCAGCUCGUGCGUUACUAUGCUGAUAUUCUUGGAGCUAUCUUGCCUUGCAUAUCUGACAAAGAAGAAAAAAUCAGGGUGGUUGCUCGUGAAACCAACGAAGAACUUCGUUCAAUCCAUGUUGAACCCUCAGAUGGUUUUGAUGUCGGUGCGAUCCUCUCUGUAGCAAGGAGGCAGCUAUCAAGCGAUCAUGAGGCUACCCGAAUUGAAGCCUUGAAUUGGAUAUCAACACUUUUGAACAAGCAUCGUACUGAGGUCCUGUGCUUCCUGAAUGACAUAUUUGACACACUGCUAAAAGCACUAUCUGAUUCUUCUGAUGACGUGGUGCUCUUGGUUCUGGAGGUUCAUGCUGGUGUAGCAAAAGAUCCACAAUACUUUCGCCAUCUCAUCGUCUUUUUAGUCCACAAUUUUCGAGCUGACAAUUCUCUAUUGGAAAGGCGUGGUGCCAUUAUUGUCCGGAGAUUGUGUGUACUUUUGGAUGCCGAAAGAGUCUAUCGAGAGCUCUCAACUAUACUCGAGGGAGAAGAUAAUCUUGACUUUGCUUCAACCAUGGUUCAGGCAUUGAAUUUGAUUUUGCUUACAGCCCCAGAGUUAUCAAAACUAAGAGGUCUUCUAAAAGGUUCACUCAUCAAUCGCGAAGGGAGAGAACUUUUUGUUGCCUUGUACGCCUCAUGGUGCCAUUCACCUAUGGCUAUUAUAAGCCUCUGCUUAUUAGCUCAGGCGUACCAGCACGCAAGUGUCGUGAUUCAAUCAUUGGUAGAAGAAGACAUAAACGUCAAGUUUCUUGUACAGCUUGAUAAAUUGAUCCGGCUUCUCGAAACUCCAAUCUUUACUUACCUUAGAUUGCAGCUUCUGGAACCAGGAAGAUACACAUGGUUGCUGAAAACACUUUAUGGUCUUCUAAUGUUACUUCCUCAGCAAAGUGCGGCGUUUAAGAUACUUCGGACAAGACUCAAAACUGUCCCAACGUACUCAUUCAGUGGCGGUGGAGACCAAAUAAGCAGAGCAUCGUCAGGAGUUCCAUUCUCUCAAUAUAUGAAUCAUCACGAGGACGAUGAUGCAGAAGACAUUAAUAUCACCAGUUCUCACCAGGGAAUCAAUUUUGCUGCACGGUUGCAACAAUUUGAGAAUGUACAGAGUCAGCAUCGUGUCCAGGCAAGGAAUAAUGUCAAGUACACAUAUACCACUUCCUCUUCUUCUACAUCAAAGGAGGUGAAGAGAUCUGAAGAUGAAGAAGAAGAACAACAUAAACCACCACCUUCCUCGAGAUCAUCAUCAGUUGCAGACAACAGUCGACCUCCAUCAAGAUCCUCAAGAAAAGGCCCUGGUCAAUUACAGCUUUAACAUCCCUGGUAUGGUAAAAUGAUAUAUCGUUAUCAAUCAUAAUAAUAAUAUCCAUCCCGUGCAUCAUCAUCAGUAUUCUUCGUUUGGACACCACCGAUCCAUUUUGUCUACUGUAAAAUUGUAUAUCUCUCCAUUCUUAGUAACUCUUCAAGUUUCCUCGGAACUUGUCUAAAAAAAAGCUACUACGGUCGUGUCCGUCCUCUCUUCUCUUAUCUCUCUGUCGGGUUUUUUAUUUACGAGAGAUUCUUCAGUCUACCUUUUUUGUUUUCUUUUUCUUGAAUCUGCUGCUUCACUGUUGUUUCUUUUUAUUGAAGGGGAGAUUAUUUGUUUCCUUUGUGGAUGUAAGCAAAAAAAGAAAGUCAUCAUGUGGUUUUGUGUUGUUUUUUAUAUAACUGGAAAACCACAUGAGGAAAAUGGUGUAGAGAUUACUUGAUUGGAUAUUUAUGUUGAAUGAUGCUUCUUGCUU